AUGCCUGAGCUAGGAACAGUGAUGCGAGCGAUGGAAUUGCAGCGACUGAUUGAAGACAAAGUAUCGGAGUGGCGAGAGAGGUCAGCUCGGGUCGCGGGUACAAGUGUGGCCGACUCUUAUCAGCAACCACUCAACUUCAAACGACACAAGUACAGACGCAAAAACAGCGCUGAAAUAAACAGAAUUAUCGCAAAAUACUCGAAAGUUAAAAGGACAGACGAACGACACUCUGUCCUGCAGACGUGUCCCGAAGAGCCGCCAGUCCCGCCCGCCAGGCUAAAGAAGGUACGAAGCAAGUUUUCCAAGAGCGAAGACAAUCUUGCUAAUAUUUGUGUCAUGGACGAACGUCCCGUCGCUAUAUCUCAAGAGAAAUCUCAAUUUAAUGUCUCUAAAUAUAACACAAAAAGCUGCGAGGACAUAAAUGCUUUUGUCGAUGUUGGACGUACAAAGAAAAGUAAGCUAUUUGAGGAGAAAAGUAUUUUGAAUACCAAAGCAACCCCCGUUAUGAGGCCAAAACUACAUAGUAUUAGUGAAGAUAUUCUAGAUAUAUCUGAUUUCGGUGAUAGCGGUGUUGAUUUGAGACCCAGAAAAAACUUCGUGACCUCUACUCCCUUAUCAAACAGGAAGACAUGUCCCGUUGGUGAUUCUGUGUCAGUGAUUGAUUUUGAAAAGUGUUCAAACAGUGUCAGUGACUUAAAAAAAGGUAAUUCCGAACCAGAUAUUGCGAAUAGAAAUUCUGUGGACUCAUCUAAGACUUUAGAUGGUAGAAAACGCUGGAGUCUUCUUAAACCGUUGAAGCCUACGUUUCGAAAAGGAACUUUGGAUUGCUUAAUACGAUGGCGUGGAAAGAAAUCACAAAAUCAAUCCAAGUAA